GGUGCUCAGAAAAAUACCUUGAAUCGGCCUAGCUUGGUAAGAACAUGGGCUUUGGCAGCAGGAAGUUCAAAUACCUGCUCUACUCUUUAUUAUUAGUACUGUGAUCUUGGACAACCCACAUAGCCUUGCUAAGACCUGUUUUAUUUGUAAAACAUCUCUUGGAGUUGCUGUGAGGAUAAAAUGACAACAUAUAUAAAGAGCCAGGCUUCUUCUAGAAGAAUAUCCUUGGGUAGCAUGUACAUUUCCAUCCUUCCUUUUAGAGAGUGGGGGUAAUAGGAUACCCCCUCCUCCAGGGGUAUCCCCUCUUUCUAGGGACCUACCCAAGCUAGGCCUUUCUUCCAGUGAAACGUGCAUCCCGAGGGCUUCUAGGAUGAAGUAGUCAACUAGAAGGCACCAGCUCCUCCUUUUAUCUCUCCAGAGCUGGACAGUGCACCAGGGGCCAAUACUGGUUCCCCAGCGGGGAGACACCUUGGGCGGGGCUUUGCUCGCCGGAAGCACGCAGAGCGUGGGGAGGAGAGCCCCCUCUGCCUGUGUUUGUGCCAACAGCACCCGCGCUGCCGCGUCGGGUUCCGGCGGCCGCAGUCACACAUGAUGUCACAGACAAUGACACAAGCCGGUGUCUCAUUCCGACACAGCGCCCGAGCUGCACAAUGUCACACCCGGGUGCCAAACACUUGGCCCCGCGCGCCCCGGCCCUACGCCUCCUGCCGCCGCUCUCCGCGUCUCCGGGGGAGGUGGCCCGGUUCGGCCGGGCAGGGGGCUGGCGGGCGAGCCCCGCGGGCGGGCUGGCGAGCGGGUGAUGUCACGGGCAGCGCCAUUGAGACCCAGAGCAGCAGUUCUGAAGAGAUAGUGCCCAGCCCUCCCUCGCCGCCACCUCUACCCCGCAUCUACAAGCCUUGCUUUGUCUGUCAGGACAAGUCCUCAGGCUACCACUAUGGGGUCAGCGCCUGUGAGGGCUGCAAGGGCUUCUUCCGCCGCAGCAUCCAGAAGAACAUGGUGUACACGUGUCACCGGGACAAGAACUGCAUCAUCAACAAGGUGACCCGGAACCGCUGCCAGUACUGCCGACUGCAGAAGUGCUUCGAAGUGGGCAUGUCCAAGGAGUCUGUGAGAAACGACCGAAACAAGAAGAAGAAGGAGGUGCCCAAGCCCGAGUGCUCUGAGAGCUACACGCUGACGCCGGAGGUGGGGGAGCUCAUUGAGAAGGUGCGCAAAGCGCACCAGGAAACCUUCCCUGCCCUCUGCCAGCUGGGCAAAUACACUACGAACAACAGCUCAGAACAACGUGUCUCUCUGGACAUUGACCUCUGGGACAAGUUCAGUGAACUCUCCACCAAGUGCAUCAUUAAGACUGUGGAGUUCGCCAAGCAGCUGCCCGGCUUCACCACCCUCACCAUCGCCGACCAGAUCACCCUCCUCAAGGCUGCCUGCCUGGACAUCCUGAUCCUGCGGAUCUGCACGCGGUACACGCCCGAGCAGGACACCAUGACCUUCUCGGACGGGCUGACCCUGAACCGGACCCAGAUGCACAACGCUGGCUUCGGCCCCCUCACCGACCUGGUCUUUGCCUUCGCCAACCAGCUGCUGCCCCUGGAGAUGGAUGAUGCGGAGACCGGGCUGCUCAGCGCCAUCUGUCUCAUCUGCGGAGACCGUCAGGACCUGGAGCAGCCGGACCGGGUGGACAUGCUGCAGGAGCCGCUGCUGGAGGCGCUAAAGGUCUACGUGCGGAAGCGGAGGCCCAGCCGCCCCCACAUGUUCCCCAAGAUGCUAAUGAAGAUCACUGACCUGCGAAGCAUCAGCGCCAAGGGGGCUGAGCGGGUGAUCACGCUGAAGAUGGAGAUCCCGGGCUCCAUGCCGCCUCUCAUCCAGGAAAUGCUGGAGAACUCAGAGGGCCUGGACACUCUGAGUGGACAGCCGGGGGGUGGGGGGCGGGAUGGGGGUGGCCUGGUCCCUCCGCCAGGCAGCUGUAGCCCCAGCCUCAGCCCCAGCUCCAACAGAAGCAGCCCGGCCACCCACUCCCCGUGACCGCCCACGCCACAUGGACACAGCCCUCGCCCUCCGCCCCGGCUUUUCUCUGCCUUUCUACCAACCAUGUGACCCCGCACCAGCCCUGCCCCCACCUGUCCUCCCGGGCAGUACUGGGGACCUUCCCUGGGGGACGGGGAGGGAGGAGGCAGCGACUCCUUGGACAGAGGCCUGGGCCCUCAGUGGACUGCCUGCUCCCACAGCCUGGGCUGACGUCAGAGGCCGAGGCCGGGAACUGAGUGAGGCCCCUGGUCCUGGGUCUCAGGAUGGGUCCUGGGGGCCUCGUGUUCAUCAAGACACCCCUCUGCCCAGCUCACCACAUCUUCAUCACCAGCAAACGCCAGGACUUGGCUCCCCCAUCCUCAGAACUCACAAGCCAUUGCUCCCCAGUUGGGGAACCUCAACCUCCCCCCUGCCUUGGUUGGUGACAGAGGGGGUGGGACAGGGGUGGGGGGUUCCCCCUGUACAUACCCUGCCGUACCAACUCCAGGUAUUCUCGCUGGUUUUGUUUUUAUUUUGAUUUUUUUGUUUUGAUUUUUUUUAAAUAAGAAUUUUCAUUUUAAGCACAUUUAUACUGAAGGAAUUUGUGCUGUGUAUUGGGGGGAGCUGGAUCCAGAGCUGGAGGGGGUGGGUCCGGGGGAGGGAGUGGCUCGGAAGGGGCCCCCACUCUCCUUUCAUGUCCCUGUGCCCCCCAGUUCUCCUCAGCCUUUUCCUCCUCAGUUUUCUCUUUAAAACUGUGAAGUACUAACUUUCCAAGGCCUGCCUUCCCCUCCCUCGCACUGGAGAAGCUGCCAGCCCCUUUCUCCCUCUGCCUGACCACUGGGUGUGGACAGUGUGGGGCAGCCCUGAAAGGACAGGCUCCUGGCCUUGGCACUUGCCUGCACCCACCAUGAACCAUGGAGCAGGGGCAGAGCAGGGGCCCCAGGACACAGAGUUUUCCCAGACCCAGCUCCUCGGCAGAGCUACCUCCCAUCAGGGCCCACAUCAUCUAGGCUCCCCAGCCCCCACUGUGAAGGGGCUGGCCAGGGGCUCGAGCUGCCCCCACCCCCGGCCUCAGCCACCAGCACCCCCAUAGGGCCCCCAGACACCACACACAUGCGCGUGCACACACACACACACACACUGGACAGUAGAUGGGCCGACACACACUUGGCCCGAGUUCCUCCAUUUCCCUGGCCUGCCCCCCCAACCCCAACCUUUCCCACUCCUGUGCCCCCUCCUUACCCCGCAGGACGGGCCUACAGGGGGGUCUCCCCUCACCCCUGCACCCCCAGCUGUGGGAGCUGGCUCUGCCCUGACCUCCACCAGGGUUUGGGGCCCCUUCCCCUGGAGCCCGUGGGUGCACCUGUUACUGUUGGGCUUUCCACUGAGAUCUACUGGAUAAAGAAUAAAGUUCUAUUUAUUCUA